AUGUUUCCCCAUCGGACUAUUUUUCUUGUGGCACACAGGUCUAGCUUUUGGAUUCUUCCAACAUGUCGAGCUCGUACCGAAGCAGGAUCCAGGAAUUCAAGGUGGCCUUGAGUGAAGAGAAGCUAGACUUGAAUGCACUCCGAGAACUUUGCUUCAGCGGUAUCCCAUUUGAAGGAGGCAUCCGUGCACUUUGCUGGAAAGUCCUUCUAAACUACCUGCCUCUGGACCAGACGAUGUGGGACUCCUUUCUCAAAAAGCAGAGGGAGGGUUAUUCCCAGUUCCUGAAGGAGAUGAUUAUCCAGCCUGGCAUCGCUAAGGCCAACCUGGGCCUCUCCAGAGAGGACGUGACCAUGGAGGACCACCCUCUCAACCCCAGCCCAGAGAGCAAGUGGAACAACUACUUCAGAGACAACGAGGUGCUGCUGCAGAUUGAUAAAGAUGUCAGGCGUCUGUACCCAGACAUGGCCUUCUUCCAGUGGCCCACAGACUACCCAUGCCAGCUGAUCCUGGACCCCCAGAAUGACUAUGAGACCCUUAGGUGCCGUGUGGAACAGACCACCCUCAAGGCCCAGACUGUGGACCGCAACCGCAGCGGGGUCACCAACGUGAGCUCCCCGGGCAAGGCCCUCAACCUGUACCCUUCCAACGAGUACGAGGUGCUGCCCAAUGGCUGUGAGGCCCACUGGGAGGUGGUGGAGCGCAUCCUGUUCAUCUACGCUAAGCUCAACCCGGGCAUCGCCUACGUGCAGGGCAUGAACGAGGUGGUGGGACCCCUCUACUACACCUUCGCUACCGACCCCAACGACAAGUGGAGAGAGCACGCUGAGGCGGACACCUUCUUCUGUUUCACCAACCUGAUGUCGGAGAACCGGGACAUGUUCAUCAAGAGUCUGGACGACUCACAGUGCGGCAUCACCUACAAGAUGGAGAGCGUCUACUCCAUGCUCAAGGAGAAGGACAUGGAUCUCUACAUUAAACUGCAGGAGCAGAACAUCAAGCCUCAGUACUUCACCUUCCGCUGGCUGACCCUGCUGCUGUCUCAGGAGUUCCUCCUGCCCGACGUCAUCCGCAUCUGGGACACGCUCUUUUCCGACCAGGACCGCUUCAACUUCCUCAUCCUGGUCUGCUGCGCCAUGCUCGUCAUGCCUGUCCUGUGUGGUUUCAGACUGAUUCGAGAUCAGUUGCUGGCAGGCGACUUCACGAUCAACAUGAGACUGCUGCAGGACUACCCCAUCUCAGAUGUCCACACCAUCCUGGCCAAGGCCAAGCAGCUUCAGGACGGGUCAUAGCCACCCCUACCUCCCUUCUCCCUUCCUUGGUUGGGGAGGGGAGGAUGCAACAUUAAACUGAUAACCCUGGGCACAACAAAGGAGGGAGAGGAAGACACCUGGCGCCAGGUUUGGUACAAGGUUGGUCGGAGCAACCAAACUCGGUACUUAGGCUUGUCAUCUCACUCUCACGACCUGACAGUUUUUCCACUGGGAGGGUGUGUGGCCUCAAGCUAUUUAUUUUUGCACUGAACACUUGAAAAAAAGUGUACAAAUCUGCAUAUAUGAAGCAGAGAAACCACAGUAAUGAUUACAACAGAAGCAUCAUUAUAAAGUCUGCCAGGGCUAAUAUCACACUCCCAGGGUUUUUUUAGGGUGUUUCUUUUUAGUGGGUUGGGAAUAACUUUUUUUUUUUUACUGUCAAAGAAGUUUUUUUUUUUUUAUCAUUAAGAUGAAAUAUAAUACUACCUUGUAAAGACUAACCACAACAACAGCAAAAAAAAAUGUUGCCACAGGGUUUGCUUUAAAGUAUAGAUUGUUAUGACAUUGGGCCUCAACGCAAGCAUCCUCUCUCUGUUUUCAUGACCGUGCUCAGAUAUUUACUCUACGCACAUGAGCUACACGUCUGGACAGUUUAUAGCUGGAUGUAACCUGAUUCCGUGUCUAUGGAGUCGCCAAUAUUAAUGUAUGUUUGCUGUCAAACCAAUGGGAUGUGAAACUUGUUUUAUAUUUUUUUUGGUGGGUCAUGUUGCAGAAGCUCUUAUCCAGAGCGACUUACAGGUGCAAUUAGGGUUAAGUGCCUUGCUCACGGGCACAUCGGCAGAUUGAUCACCUAGUCGGCUUCUGAAUUCGAACCAGCAACCUUUCGGUUACUGUCCUAAAGCUCUUAACCACUAGGCUACUUGCUGUCCGACCCACUAACCUAACUGAAAUUGAUACAUUGAUGACGAUGAUAUGGUUGCUUUUGAUGUGAGGGCAUUACUAAGCAAACAAAUCAAUCCAAUUAAAUUGGCCAUUCAUUUUUAAAUAAUAUAUUUUGACCUAUCUCUGGUCGCAUUGAGUGUCCAGAAUAAACCAGAAUACAUUAAACAUGAAUGACGUCUUGUAAAUGAAGCAUAACACAUUUUGCUCUGCAUACUGUAAGAUUAUUACAGAGAACAAAUGAUUGAUAAUAGUAGCUGAAUAUUUAUCAUGGAUAAAUGACUGACAUUGAAAGGCUAUGAUGAUAACAUUUAUGUAUUCACAUAAUGGAGUUGACAGAUAAGAGUUGAAAAAUUACGGAGUUGAUUACUUAAAAUCACUAUGAUUGAAUGUUAUAGAUUAUUUUUAUUUAUUUUUAAACGCUAACACUUACCACAAAGCUAAGACACCCUUGAAAUGUAUUUACCUUUUCAAACAGUAGGACCUUCAUAAUAAUGUGAUACUUUAAAGUACACAGAUAAUGACUUGCUUUGUUUUUAUCAAUAUUGUGAGAAUGAUACAACUGUUACCUUUUUACUGUUUGCAUUUCAGUUUUAUUUGCAUUCCCUAGAAAUUCCAAGUAUCACCAUCCCUUUCAGUGGCAAGAUGGUAUCAGUCUACAUUCUAACACUAUUUUAGUGGCAAGAUGGUAUCAGUCUAUAUUCUUUUCUUUUUACAUCUUUUCCUCCCCACUUCCGUGGUCUCCAAUUGUCUCAUAGCUGCAACUCCUGUACAGUCUCGGGAGAGGCGAAGGCCGAGAGCCGUGCGUCCUCCAACACAACCCAACCAACUGCUUCUUGACACAAUGCCCACUUAACCCA